UGCAGAUUUUCAGCUAGGGAGAUUCCACAGUGGAAAAUCCGCAGAGGGAAACUCAAAGCUGCAGCGGAUACUCAUGGGUAACGUGUUCCUGUGAACGUACCCUAUGGCUGGGUUAACAUAAAGUGUUUGGUCUGUACAUCACUGGUUCACAAUGGGAUAUCUGCAAAAAUAGAUGCUGACAUAUAUUGUGGCCUAUCUGCAGCAAGCCCAUUGACUUUAAUGGUCUAUAUUUGGUCUAUUUCCAGAACAUAAGCUUUUCUUGGGAGGGCGGGAUUCAAAAAUGUAGUAGGAUAUGCACAGGAAAAUGCAUGGGAAAUAGCCUGAAAACACAUGUAGACUAUGUUUGGCCCAUUAAAGUCAAACAUACCUUUUUUGCCUGUAAACUGACAUAAACCAGCAUCAAACAAACAAACCAAGUACAAUGUGAAUGUAGGCUAAAGAACACAAGAAAAUUGUUUCUAAGUAUUUACUCAAAUUGAUAUAUAUUUUUAUCCACUCAAUAAAUAUUACCUUGUAAUAGUAAAUCCAAUGAAAGAUUAAAUGAGAUUGAAAGGAAAUGUCAGUGUCGAGGUUAAUAUAUAAAAGCCAAGCUAAAUGUUAACCACUGAAGUUAGUGCCUUCUUGUGAAGGAGUUCCACCUCCUAUUCUUAUUCUUUGUAUCCAUUGUGCACUGUAGUGUAUAAAUGACACAGGCACUGCAGGGUCCCUAGUACAACCAGAGGGUUAGCGACUAAGGGGCUUAUCUGAAGAACAGACAUUAGCAAUUCAUAUUGCAUCUGACCUAGCCUCCUUCAAGCCACUGACCCCGGCAUUACUGACUAAUUGCUGCUGCUAAUGGAUUCAGAUAGUCAGUCCAGCAGGUCUUCUUCACCAGAGCUGGAGAGAAAAGACAUCCUCAACAUGAAGCCUGGCCAAAUGUUCCAGAAACUGUGCCAAGGACAAAGAAUGCCAUCUCGAGGCAAAAUGAAAGCCGGCAGAAGAGAGUGUCAAGAAGACAUGCAUGAACUUCGCUUAAAGGUGAAUAGUCGUGAACGUCAACGAAUGCACGACCUUAACCAAGCAAUGGAUGGGCUGCGAGAGGUCAUGCCAUACUCUCAUGGACCAUCAGUACGUAAGCUUUCUAAGAUUUCAACCCUGAUGCUUGCUCGCAAUUAUAUCCUCAUGUUAUCCAGCUCUCUGGAGGAGAUGAAGAAACUUGUGAAUGAUGUAUAUGGUGCCCACCAUCUACCUGGCUGUACAAGGUCUUUGCAUCCCCAGCAUGUAAAUCCCCUACCCCAUGUCUUACGCACUAUGCCAUCUUCAGACGUCAGCAGUUACAUGGGAUUAAUGACCCCAGAUGUCCAUCACAACCCUGCUCCUCAACAAAUUUCAGGACUGUUAUGCCCCUGUACCAUGUGUCAGCAAUACUCACACCAGCUGUCAAGGACUGCCUCCAACUUGCCAGUCUCAAGACCUGGCAAAUACUAAUACUUUGAUAUAUUUGUAUGUAAAUCUUGUCUGCUCAGGUCUGGUAUGGACCUCAAUAUCCUGUAUAUAUGCUAAAGACAAUCCAAAUGACUACUCAGUUAGCUGUUCUUUUAUUUUCCAUAGCGCAUAUUACUGAAUAUGAAUAUGUCUUUCUAUACAGACGUUGCUGUGCUGUAUAUUUUUUGUAAAUUUAGUAUUUUUGUAAAUA